AUGUCAGUAUUUUCUUCCAAACACGGUCAGCCCAGUCUAUCUAUCUAUCUAUCUAUCUAUCUAUCUAUCUAUCUAUCUCUGCUCUUCUUCGACGAAGGUGGUGGCUCUCACUUGCUUUCUUUUUCCUCUCAAUAUGCAAACACACCGACUUUUUUUUUCUUUUUUUUUUCUUGUUUCUUUUCCCUCACAAUAUGCAAACACACUGCCUUUUUUUCUUUUUUCUUUUUCUUUUCCCUCUCAAUAUGUAAACACACUGCCUUUUUUUCUUUUUCUUUUCCUUCUCAAUAUGUAAACACACUACCUUUUUUCUUUCUUUUUUCUUUCUUCUUUUCCUUCUCAAUAUGUAAACACACUGCCUUUUUUCUUUCUUUUUUCUUUCUACUUUUCCUUCUCAAUAUCGUCGUAUUAAUCCGUGGUCACCAUACCUCGCUUACCGUUAAACUAACUCUUUCUUUCUUUAUUUUUCUUUCUUUCUCUUUCUUUCUUUCUUUAUUUUUUCUUUCUUUCUUUCUCUCUCGCUCUCUCUUUCUUUCUUUCUUUCUUUCUCUUUCUUUCUUUCUUCCACUGAAAUCAGGUCCUCCCCGCACAACCCGACUCCUGCUACGCGCUUCGUUUUUCUGUUCUUUCUUUAAUGAAUUAAUUCGAUUAGGUGAAUUCCCCAGGUGUUCAUAUGCAUCUGUGCUAAAAUGUAUUUCUUUCUUUCUUCUUUCUUUCUUUUUUCUUUUUCUCUCUCUCUUUCUUUCUUUGCCGUUACCUAUCUAUAUAUCUAUGUAUAUUCUCUGUAUAUCUCUCUCUCACUUUCAUUCACUCACCCUAUCUAUCUAUCUAUCUAUCUAUCUAUCUAUCUAUCUAUCUAUCUUAAAUCUUAAUUGCUAG